CGCCGCUUUAAGCUGUUUUCAAUUAGCAAUUUAUUUGCAAAUUGUUUUCCACCACUAAAUAAAGGUAUUUACGCGUUCCCGAGCUGGUCCAGUGGCCACGGAGGCGGCAUGCUGUUGGGCGAAUACGACACGACCCGGCGACUCCUGUUUAUCGUGGCCGUUCUGCUGAUCGUCCUGUAUGCGAAGACGUACCUGCUUCCCGGCGAGGAUCUGGACUACAACUAG